GCGGAGAGUUCUCGCGCGCCGAGAGCAAAAGUGUUGCGAGCGAGCGAGGUUGGAGCUGAUAAAGAGGAAACACACCACAUUACACCCACCAUCCUCUUCGACAUCUCCCUCCAUUCAUUCAAACAACAAAUAUCAGCGAUCAGCAACGACCCCAUCACCAUGUCUCUUUACGACCGAAUCGCUUUCCCUCUCCAAGCCCCCAACCCAGCCCUACAGCGACCGGGUCAGUCCUCCUCCUCCUCUUCGUCAUUUGCGACCGAGGACAAGAUCAGGACGCUCGUAGACGAAUACGGACAACGAGAUGAUCUGGAUGAAGAUGAAAAGAUGUGGCUGAGCAGGGAGUGUAUCGCUCGCUUCCUCCAAGCGACAAAAGGCAACCUGCCCGAAACUCGCACCCGUCUGAAAAACUGCCUCUUCUUCCGCCGCUCCUGGAACCUGUACAACCCCCCUGCCAACGCCGUCGAUGUCGCCCCAGAAUCCCCUUGCGGUAAAGAGUUCCUCUACGGGUAUUCCAGUAAAGGACAGCCGGUGCUUUAUUUUUACCCGAACAGAAGCGAUACCGAGGUUGGGGAGAGGCAGAUGAGACAUACGGUGUACAUGCUGGAGAGGACGAUCGAUUUGAUGCCACCGGGAAUCAGCAAUUUAUGCUUGAUCAUCGACCUGGCUGGAAAGAGUCGAGCGCCGACGAGCGUGGCGCAGGCGAAAUUGUUUGUCGAGAUCUUGGGGAACCAUUAUCCCGAGAGGUUGGGUUCGGCGGUGAUACUGAACCUCCCAUGGAUGGUGAAGAAGUUCUUGGACCUGAUCUUCAAAUUUGUGGAUCCCGUGACGAAAGCCAAGGUCUCGUGGGAGAGCUCAUUCGUCAAGGACGGUUUGGUGCCCAAGUCGACCGCGUUGAAGGAUCACGGUGGAGAUGUGCCCUUUGUCUACAACCACGACGAGUACUGGCCGACCCUCUUGCAAGUUGCCAUGGAUAAACGCACGAGGCAGAAGGCUACCUGGAAGGCUCUGGGCGGGACAGUGGGCAUCUCGGAGUACGAUUACAAGACUAUCGGAGCGACAUCGACGGGAGCGCCUUCUGGGUCAUCAUCCUCGUCCGCACCUGCACAAGGACAGCAACAGCCACAAUUGCAUAUCCAAACGCAGUUGCCGACGCAGACGCACGCCAGGAUCGGGACGAGCGUCUCGAGCGCCGCUUCGUCCGACGGCGCGACUCUGCACGAUUCGCACGGCUUGAACGACCCGGACGUACAUGACGGGCACCUCAAGCAGGUCGUUCAUGCUGAACCUGGCGUCCUAGUCGACGGCUUGACUCAGAGGGUGGGGUGAUCGAGGAAGGAUGGAAUGGAAGGACGUUUUCUUGAG